CUUCUUGUUCUUGCUGACCCUCCCAGCAGACAGUAGCCUGUCUGAUCCCCUCUUCUCUUUGCCAAUUGAACAUCCUGUGAAAAGAGGGAUUUCUUGCUGUGGUCUUAAAGGAGAAGGGAAAGAGGAAAAAAGGUGAAAGACAAGAAUACCUGACGUGUUUGCCUCAGCUACCAGCAGCAGACGGAGUCCCUCUAAACCUACACCUACCUACCUACCACCGGCUAGGGAACUGCCUGCAUCCGAUAAGGGAUCUAGUCGACAAAAUCAAGUGUGGAGGGAGGGGGUGUGGAGAAAAAGAAGUCGAAUUGGAGAGAGGGAAAAAGGGAGAAGAGACACCGAGGGAGGGGAAAAGGUCAGGGACACGGGGGGUUUAUCGCACUGCCAGAAAUAAGGAGAGUGUCUACACCAACGCUUUGGCAGACGAAACCAAGGAGACGAAGUGAAAUAAACCAGCAACCCCCUCUCUACUUAACACUGACAUUUUUUCGCAAGGACUACUGUGGAUUUUUAAAAGCACUUUCAACGUCUCCCAGAGAUAGUUUGUGUGCUUUGGUGAAGUCCAGGUGAAAUUUUGGACCGUGCGUAAUUUGGAGAGUUUAUUGCCACACUGAGUCAGGAUGCGCGUCUGUCCGCUGCUGGUCUUCCUCUGUCUGCUGUGCGCUGGACGCGCUCAGAAGUUCUCAGCUCUCACGUUCCUGCGGGUGGAUCAGGAUAAGGAGUGCAACAUGGAAUGCAGCGGAGCUCCUCGCAAACCCCUGUGCGCCUCCGACGGCAGGACCUUCACAUCUCGCUGCGAGUUCCUCCGAGCCAAGUGCCGCGACCCUCAGCUGGAGGUCAUCCGAGGGCCAUGCAAAGAUACAUCCAGAUGUGUAGCAGAGAAGAAAUACACAGAGCAGCAGGCCAAGAAGCUCUUCCCGCAGGUCUUUGUGCCUGUAUGCAACCCUGAUGGCACAUAUUCCGAGGUUCAGUGCCACAGCUACACUGGAUACUGCUGGUGUGUCACCCCCAAUGGCAGACCCAUCAGUGGCUCAGCAGUGGCCAAUAAAAAACCUCGAUGCCAAGGUUCAAAACAAGAGAGAGCUACUACAAGAGAGCCAGGUAAAGCAGAUGAGACUGGCCUAGUGGUGGAUCCACAGCCUGCUGGUGAUGAAGAAGACAUCAUUUCCCAGUACCCCACUCUGUGGACGGAGCAGGUUCGCAGCCGUCAGAACAAUAGAACCAGAGCGCCAUCCUCAUCAUGUGACCAGGAGCAGCAGUCUGCCCAGGAAGAGGCGAGGCUACACAAGAACGACGCCGUGUUCGUCCCCGACUGCGCCCAAGGAGGACUUUACAAGCCAGUCCAGUGCCACCCCUCCACCGGCUACUGCUGGUGUGUGCUGGUGGACACCGGACGGCCCAUACCUGGGACCUCCACCAGGUGGGAGAGACCUCACUUAUGGUAUGAACAGCCAAAGUGCGAUGGCAAUGCCAGGGCCCACCCAACUAAACCUAAGGAUCAUUACAGAAGCAGACAUCUCCAAGGCUGUCCUGGGGCAAAGAAAACAGAGUUCCUGACAAGUGUUCUUGAUGCGCUGUCGACAGACAUGGUGCACGCUGUCACAGAUCCUGCAUCUGCCGGAAGGAUGGCCGAGCCCGACCCUAGCCACACCCUGGAGGAGAGGGUGGUCCACUGGUAUUUCAGUCAGCUGGACAAAAACUCAAGUGGAGACAUCGGAAAGAAGGAGAUCAAGCCUUUCAAACGCUUCCUGCGCAAGAAAUCCAAGCCUAAGAAGUGUGUGAAGAAGUUUGUGGAGUACUGCGACAUCAGCAACGACAAGGCGCUGUCUCUGCAGGAGCUGAUGGGUUGCCUCGGGGUGACUAAAGAAGAGGGGGCCAAACCAGGAGAGGGUUUAUCUUCCAGUAAACUAAAUCCCUCGAAGAAGCAAGGCUAAGCCAGCAUCUGCGAUUUCCCCUCCCGCAUGGAGACUCUGCCCUCACCAAUCGGCAAUAAUGGAAACCAUAGUAUUUGCACUUUGUACUUUAAAAAAAAAUGUAAAUUCACUUUGUAGAAAUAAGGUAUUUAAACAGACUGCUGAAUCUGUGAAUGAUGUAGUUAGCUUUUUAUGUCCUGACAAGCAAAAAUUAUUUAACACAUACAAUGUAUGUGUCCUUUGUGUGUCUAAAAAGUAUACUUUUCAGAGUUGUACAAGUUCUCAUGUUUGAUGUUGCUUUUUGUGCCCCGACCCCCAGUGUACUUUUCUCCUCACAUUGAUGAUGGUAAAGCAGAAAUAUGGAUAGUUUGCUCCAAUAACUUAGACCAUACCAUCUCUCAUGUACUGACUUAUAGCAUCUCUCUUUGUGCUUUGUACAGCAGUUUGCAAGAAUGUUCUGAACAUACAUCAUAAAAACGUCCAACAUGUUCACAUGUAUUCAUGUUUAUUAGAAAUAAAAAAAAACUCUUUUAUACAUUUUGUUCUCUGUGAUUCUGCCAGUCUUAAUGUGUCAGAGACAGUUAAUCGGGUCAGCAAAUUCCUUUUUUCUCUCUAAUCCAAUUAGUCUUCUAUGUUUUCCUUCUGGUUAUAUAAAUCUUGUAAUGUCUCUGCCAUUUAGUGUUUUCUUGCUGUGUCUUUAAUAAAACACCUUGUUGACACAGUCUUUAUGAGCCAAGCAUUAGUCAUACAUAGCAAAGGUCGUGUAUCAUCCCAUUUUUAGACAGCUUGCCAAUUCCCCCGAGGCAACAUUUUCAAAUUGGAAAAACGGAUGGUACUUAUGUCUGUUCUCGUCACACAUUUCCCAUGUAGACUGAAGACAGAGAAAUGGACCAAUCUUAGCUGUGUGUACUAUGACUGCCCAUUAAAAGAGCGUUUUA